UAAAAUUAAUAAAAAAUGUUGCCUAAAACGCGAUUAUUAAAUAGUUUAAUUGUUUUAACAUUAUUAAACUUUGUAAAUAACGUUGUUGCCGAUAAUAAUAAAGUUGAAGACCUUAAAGUUGAAAAACUAAGUGUACCAGAAGUUUGCGAAGUUAAAUCAAAGAAUGGUGAUAUGCUUACAAUGCAUUAUACCGGAACUUUAACCGAUGGUACUAAAUUUGACUCAAGUUUUGAUCGAGAACAACCAUUCACAUUCCAAUUGGGUGUAGGUCAAGUAAUCAAAGGUUGGGAUCAAGGUCUUCUUGAUAUGUGUGUUGGUGAGAAAAGAAAGUUAACAAUUCCAGCAUCUCUUGGUUAUGGUGAUCGUGGAGCAGGAAAUGUUAUUCCAGGUGGUGCUACACUCGUCUUUGAAGUUGAAUUAUUAAAUAUUGGUGAUACCCCACCAACAACAAAUGUGUUCAAAGAAAUCGAUGCUGAUGCUGAUAAUAUGUUAUCACGUGAUGAGAUAAGUGAAUACUUGAAAAAACAAAUGGUAAAUGCAGAAGGUGUAAACGGCGCCGAUGAACUUAAAGAUAUGUUAGCAGAUCACGAUAAAUUAGUUGAAGAAAUCUUCCAACAUGAAGACAAAGAUAAAAAUGGUUUUAUUUCUCAUGAAGAGUUCUCUGGACCAAAACACGACGAAUUGUAGUGUAGCCUAAUUAAUUUUUGAAAAUAAAUAAAAUUUAUAAAUAAAAUACAAAAUAAAACA